UAAUGUCUAGCAUCUAAUGAUGAUAUGGAUUUAAUCCUUCCUUCUGAAAAAUCAUCUAGUCGAACUGAAAAAUGGAUAGGCAAUCAUUUUAUAAAUGGUGAACACUUAUAUGAUAUUACUUCUGAAUUUGAUUCUUAUAAAUUAAUAAAAUCUCAUGAUAAUUCAAAGUUGGAAUCAUUAGAUAAUUCCGAUUAUGAUGGCAGAAACGUGAAUAAUGAAUCUAUUGUUAACAUAUCAAAUCAAAUUCAAACGUCAAUAUUAGUAAAGAGUGGACUCAAAAAAAUCUGUUCAGGGGCAAAUAUAUCUAAGGAAAACAUUGUCCUAAAAAGUGGUAAAAGUAUAAUGCUUCAUUCUACUAUGGCCUCUUUUCAGUACUGUUCAUAUGCCCUUUUCUCAGCCAAUUCCAAAAUUGUUCAAUCAAAUAUGAAAAAAGAAAAGUUAAAAUAUAAAGAUGAUGCACAACAAACUAGAGGGUCUAAAAGAAAGUUACCCCAUACUACGAACAAUGAUAUUGAACAAAGCUCAAUACUAUCUAAUAAAAAGCAUUUAGAUAUUAUGACUUCUCAUAAUUGUAUUAAUACUAAUAUAACUACUAAAGGUAUUCAAUCAGUAUUAUCUCCUCAUUUAAAAUCUUCCUUGCAUAAUAAUUCCCCAAAUCAUAAUAUUGCAUUUAAUCAAAAAAAUAGUUUUGAAAAAUCAUUAACUUGUUUUAAUCAACCUAAAUUUCCAUUUGUACCACCUUAUCAAAUGUUUUCUGACAUGAUAUCAAGGAAUCAACCUGGUAUGAUAAAUAUGCCACCAAGUCCCUUACAACAUGAUGAAUUUAUGUCAAACAACCCUGCUUAUAUGUAUUUCUUAUGGUGGAGACAAGCUCAAAUGCAAAUGUUUCAGAUGUUAAAUUAUAAAAACUCUCAAUUUAUGAACCCAUAUUUUGAACAACUAUCACAACUUUUCUUAAAGAUGAAACAUAAAAAUGGUUAUAAUUGCAAUCUGACUUGGUGCACCAUUAAUAAUAUUCAACCUUCAUUCGUAUCAGCCUUAAAAGAUUGCAAUAUCAAAACUAUAAAAAAUCAUACAAUGGAUAUAGAAAAUUCAAUUAGUAUUAAGCAUUCAUCAUCUUAUUCAUUCUGGAAUCCAACCAAAAAAUGCUGCUCUUUAUUUAACUUCUUUGACACUGAUAAUCAGCCCACUGAAAAUGAUCCUUUGCCUAUACUGGAAACAAAUAAUGACCAAGAAAUAAAAGCCUUUACAUUAGGUUUAUCAAAUACAAAUGCCAAUCAAGCUCUCCUUAAUACCUCUACAAAUACACCAAUGGAAACGCAAGACGAAUCCAAUCAAUUCAACGAAAAAAACGCAUCUUACUCGUGCUCAAAAAGAUUCAAAAAGAAGCCUCUUGUCGAAACAUCACCACCAAGUCAUAAUUUUGUGCUCAAUGAGUCGAUAUCAGCUACCAAGAUUCGCGAUAAAUCAUUGAACACCAUUGCCCAAUCUAAUAUUGCCAUCAAUAUGGAAGAUGCUAACAGAUAUAGUAAUUCGCUUCCCCCAAUUGAUCACAUGAUAUCACCACUAAUGCCUCAAUGCUCGCUGCUAAAAAAUCGCCGACAUGUUACGACUGAAUCGAUCGCAAUAUCAAUGGAAGACGAAAGAGCGACCCAAAAUUCAAAUAUCGAAAGGUUUGUGAACUCCCAUUUCCCAUAUCCGUCCUUUUAUAUGAACCCUCCGAUGCAAUCUCAACUCUCAAUGGCUGCCAUGAAUUCCUACUCUGCUCUUUUAAAUAUGGCAUCAGUUUGCUCACCCGUCAUCGAUGAAAGAAAUCAACAUAUUUAUCCUAAAAACCACCAAUUUCCAUACCCAUGCCCCAUUCUCCCUGGUGUAAACCCACUUCAACAUCUUUUCGUUCCUCCCCCUCAUUAUCCCUUCCAAUCUCUUCACCCCUACUUCCUAAGACCCCAUUUGCCUUCUCACCUAUUAAGCCCUACCCAACAGUCAUCGUUUAAUUCGAGCACUGAAGAAAAUUUAAUUACUAACCCCCCGACGGUUUUGAAUAACCUAAAUCCUAUAAGCAAUCCUUACAUGUUAUCCCCAUACUAUUACCACCAGCUAAAUCCUUUAGCGUACGGCUAUUACAACCUUUAUAAUAAUUCAUACAAUCCUGUCCUUAAUAAAAUAGAAUCGAGUCAUCUUCCCGUAAAUAAUUUCUCGAAAGACCUUCACAUGAAGGAAAGUGAAAAUUCUGUCUCACAAAAUUACAGAGCACUCCUAAUAAGAGAUACUCUCAGAGACCCCUAUAAAAUUGAUCAAAUUUUACCCACAAUUGAUAAUAAUAAUAAUGAAAGUGAGGAUGACGAUAAUGUAAAUAACGGUGCAGAGAAUUCUAAUAAUCAACUUGAAUUAACGCAAACCUCUUAUAUAACCUUUAAUACACACCUUCAAUCAUUGACGCCUUCUUCGUUCAAUCCUUACAACAUCCUCGAACCUCCAGAUCUGGCUCGAAUCUUGGAGAACUUGAAAAAUUUUCACGCACCACAUUUAUCCACGGCCUCGCUAGUAGUCAACACUUUACAAUAUAUUUCUAAUGCAAAUUCCAAUGUGACGACGAUUACCCAAACUCCGUUGAUAGUUUCAAAUUUCAAUUUUAAUAAUAUUUCAAACCUAACAACUCGUAGUCAAAGUCCUAUGAGUCUAGACCCUACUAUUAGCGAUCCAUUCAAAUCUUCUUAUCACAACUUGCAAAUUCUUAACAACUCGGUAACAACGAAGCUCUCUUCGUCUUUUAUGUUAGCCUCGCAGCCAGAAAAAUUUAUUUGCCCCACUUGUGGUAAAUAUUUCUCCAAACAAAGUCAACUGGCCCUACAUUUAAACGCUCACUAUUUCGAAAAACCUUUCAGGUGUGAAACAUGCAGGGAUUGCUUUCGCAAUAAAGCCGCUCUGAAUAAACACAAGUGUGCGGACAAGCUGGCUUCAUCUUCGCAUUGUUUAAUAAACGGGUUGAAUGCCUCGGAUAACAAGAACUAUAUCGGUAGCGUGAAUAAUUCUUCUUUAAACUCCAGGGAGUCGUUGUUCAAUAAAUUGGGAGUAAAUUGUUCUGAGGGCAAUGGCAGCAUUGUUACAGACGCUUCUAAAUCUAACGUCAAAUCCACACUAAUUAACGCCUCUUACUUGACCCAUGCUUCUACUAUAUCAUCGAAUAUAAUAGCAUCCUUACCUCUAUCUCUAAAUGCAAACGCCCCUUCGACUUUAUCAAGCAUCAGUUCCCCUUACCAUUUUCCCAAUAAUACGACUUGCUACCCAACACCGACCUCUUCAUCUCCGACCCCAGACCCUAGGCCUUUUAAAUGCGACGAUUGUCAGGUGGCCUUUCGAAUUCAAGGGCAUUUGGCUAAGCAUCUGCGCUCCAAGAUGCACAUUACAGGAUUGGAAAAAAAUGGAAAAGUUCCAUGCGGCACCUACGCCUUUUUCGAUCAGAGAGCCAGUCUUAAUGAUAUAGAUACUUCUAGUUGUACUGCCUCUUUAGGCAGUUUGCAUCGCCUUCUCAAGCAAAACAAUUGCGAGGAAGAAGAACAGCUGGUGACCAUCCUCAAUAGUAAAAAUAGUAAUUGUAAUAUCGCCACUAAAACAGACUACUCCGCAUCCGUUACUACCAGUCCAGUCAAUAACGUUUUCUCGGGUUCGAAAGAUAUUAUAAAUACAAUCGCAACAUCUCAAUCUUCUUCAGGCGUUAUGCCGUCUCCUUACCUCAAAAUUCAUCCCAAAAAGAGAACUAUAAAUACUGAACUGUGCGAAAGCCAACAAAAUAACAUUGACGAAAACUCUACCACUACUAGAUCAGAAGAGUCCAACCAUUACAAUUUAGACGUACUCUGCUCGGCUACUAAAUAUCGCAAAAAAAUAAAUGCAUGAAUUUUUUUUCUCGAAAAAGCUUUAUUAUAAGAUUUUAUUUCUCGUUUUGAUAUUAUAUUAUAUAUAUUUUUUUAGAAAAUUUAAUUUAUAUCUUUAAAACUUUUUUUAUCAAGUGUUAUAAUUUAAAUAACCAUAAAAAUAAUUAAUUUAUAUUUAGGUUAUAAAAAAUAAAUAAAAAUGAGGCAAAUUUUAUAUAUUUUGUAUAUUUCGAUCACUGUGAAAAUAAAUAUUAUUAGCAAAAUUACAUUAAAAAAAUUUUGUUACAUUUAUAAAGUAUAACUAAAAAAAAAUUUUUUUUAUAUAUAUUUACGAUUUUAUAAUUUUAAUAAAUAAAUAAUUAUUUUUUUUCCCCGAAAUACAAGUUUAUAUUUGAUAUUUAUAAAAGAUUAGCUCCUAAUUAAGUUUAUAUAAUUAUUACGCUUUUAUUAUUAUUUAUUUUUUUUUCUUCAGAGGAUUUAUAA